GUGGAGUGGGAGGAGGGUCUCUCGGCCACUCGGUCUCAGUUUGCAGCACUCACGUCGGAAGGCGGAGGAGCUGAAGCACUGUGAAGGACACCGGGAGGAGGACCAGAAGAAGAAGAAGAAGCUCAAAAGGGAGGGAGGAAAAAAACCACGGCUAGUCUGCAGACGCCAACACACGCAGCAUGGAGGACAAAUCCAACUCGUUCUCCGGCAGCAAGGAGGAGAAGGCGGACGGGAAUAACGUCUUCCAGAGGCAGGACUCUGUGCAGAAAAACAGCACCGGCAGCCAGAACACGAAGGAGCACGGCAACUCCGUCAGCUUCAAGGGGGAGCGGGAGGAGGCCAUGGUGGGCUUCGACGACCUGGAGGGGGCGGCCAGGCAGCACGGGUUCAUGCAGAGGCAAUUCGGGGCCAUGAUGCAGCCCGGAGUCAAUAAGUUCUCCCUGCGGAUGUUCGGCAGCCAGAAAGCGGUGGAAAAGGAGCAGGAGAGGGUCCAGACGGCAGGAUACUGGAUCAUUCACCCCUAUAGCGACUUUAGGUUUCUACGGGACUUGAUAAUGCUCAUCAUGAUGAUGGGGAAUCUAAUCAUCAUCUGUGGGAAUAACCUUCUCUCAGAGCAGACCACCACCACAUGGCUGAUCUUUAACGUGGCCUCGGACACCAUCUUCCUGGUGGACCUGGUCAUGAACUUCAGGACGGGGAUCGUCAACGAGGAGAGCUCCGAGAUCAUCCUCGACCCGAGGUCAUCAAGUGAAUUACUGAAGAGCUGGUUCGUCGUGGACUUCCUCUCCUCCAUACCGGUGGAUUAUAUCUUUUUGAUAGUGGAGAAAGGCUUUGACUCUGAGGUUUAUAAGACGGCCCGCGCCCUGCGAAUCGUCCGUUUCACCAAGAUCCUCAGUCUCCUACGCCUGAGACUGUCUCGACUCAUCCGAUACAUCCAUCAGUGGGAGGAGAUUUUCCACAUGACCUAUGACCUGGCUAGUGCUGUGGUAAGAAUAUUUAAUUUGAUAGGCAUGAUGCUGCUCCUGUGUCACUGGGAUGGAUGUCUCCAGUAUCUGGUGCCUCUCCUCCAAGACUUCCCACCUGACUGCUGGGUGUCGCUAAAUGGUAUGGUUAACGUUUCCUGGGGAAAGCAGUACUCGUACGCCCUCUUCAAAGCCAUGAGCCACAUGCUGUGCAUCGGCUAUGGCGCCCGAGCGCCGGUGAGCAUGUCCGACCUGUGGAUCACCAUGCUGAGCAUGAUCGUGGGCGCCACGUGCUACGCCAUGUUUGUGGGUCACGCCACGGCCCUGAUCCAAUCCCUGGACUCGUCACGCCGACAGUACCAAGAGAAGUACAAGCAAGUGGAACAAUACAUGUCAUUCCACAAGCUUCCGGCAGACAUGCGGCAGAAAAUACACGACUACUACGAGCAUCGCUACCAGGGUAAGAUCUUCGACGAGGACAACAUCCUGAGCGAACUCAACGACCCGCUUAAAGAGGAAAUUGUCAACUUCAACUGCCGCAAGCUGGUGGCCACCAUGCCGCUGUUUGCCAACGCAGACCCCAACUUUGUGACGGGAAUGCUGAGCAAGCUGAAGUUUGAGGUGUUCCAGCCCAACGACUACAUCAUCCGAGAAGGGACCGUUGGGAAGAAGAUGUACUUCAUCCAGCACGGCGUGGCCAGCGUCAUCACCAAGUUCAACAAGGAGAUGAAGCUGACUGACGGCUCCUACUUUGGAGAGAUCUGCCUGCUCACCAAAGGCAGACGAACAGCCAGCGUGCGGGCGGACACCUACUGCCGACUCUUCUCGCUGUCCGUCGACCAUUUCAACGAGGUACUCGAAGAGUACCCCAUGAUGCGGCGGGCUUUCGAGACAGUGGCCAUCGACCGGUUGGAUCGCAUCGGGAAGAAGAACUCCUUGCUCCUGCAGAAGUUCCAGAAGGACCUGAACGCCGGUGUGUUCAACACGCAGGAGAACGAGAUAUUGAAGCAGAUUAUCCGUCAGGACAGGGAGAUGGUGAUGAUGGUGGACCGCAAGCAGUCGGUCACCGGGAUGAACUCGACGCCAAUGUCGGGAAACUCCAUCAUUAACUCGCCAGCCCAGCCGCCCUUCUCCAACGCCUUCGGGAUGAAUCAGUUCCAGCAAUCCUCGGUACCUCUGACCUACAGUGCUUCAGCCAUCGCCAACGCUUCCGCCGCCCGCAUGCUGCCGGCCGCCGCCGCAGCGGCCAUCUACCCCGUCCCCAGCGUCUCCCACGGCAACCUCAAUUCCUCCUCUGCCAACCCGCUCCAGCCGCAGGGCGCCAUCAUGUCGCCGUGCUCCUUCACGGCCGCCAUGUGCAGCCCGCCGGUGCAGACGCCGCUGGCGAGCCGGAGCUUCCAGUACGGUUCCCCCACCGCAUCGCAGCUGUCGCUGAUCCAGGCGCCCAUCGCCCAGCCGAAUCUACCGAGCCAGCAGCCGCCCGCGUCCGCCGUCGGGACGCAGCAGGUCCCUUCGCCCCAGCGAGGAGACCUCCACAAGAGCACGCAGGCUCUUCAGUCGGGCAGCCUGAGUCGAGACGUGCGACACUUAUCGGCCUCUCAGCCAUCUCUGCCGCACGACACGUCGCUGGUGCCGCGGGCGCACCAGGCCUCCGGCGACUCGCUGGCCUCCAUGGUGCCGCCGACAGCGGCCGCGAUCCCGGGGAUGAGUCUCCAGAGUGGCAUCCGCACCACAGUGCCGCAGCGGGUCAAUUUGUUCCGCCAGAUGUCCUCGGGGGCCCUGCCGCCCGUGCGCUCCUCGUCGGUGGCAGCGGCGGCGGCAGCCGCGGCCGCCUCGUCGGUGGCGGUGAGCCAGCCCAGGGAAUCGCCUGGUUCUAGGAGAGAUUCUGUCCUGAGCAGUACGGAGACUGAGCAAGACAAAAUGCGCUUUGCAUCAAAUUUAUGAUUCUUUCUUUUGCGUUUUUUUAACCAGGGAGGAGCUCCAAGCUACUUCUAAAGAUAACCUCAUUGAAACGGUGUACAUACGAGCCCUUGUAUGAUAUUUUAGACACAUUGUCUCCCUCCUUAAGAAUGUAUAUUAUACAGAUAAUCUUUUCUUUUAUGCCAUAUCCAUAAUAUAUACACAUAUAUGGCCUGUGUGUGUGUAUAUACGGUGCGAAUGGGAGCGGGAGAAUGCGUGCGUGCAUGUGACUGCGUGUUCAAAUCCAACUAAUAUAUUUCGCAAUGGCAAUUUAAAACUGUAGUAUAAACACGAGUCUUCCUUUCUGAGAAAUAUAAUGAAAUUAUAUACAACAUAUGAAUUUUUUUAUUUAUAUAUUUAUGAUUUUUUUUAAAGCUGGAAUGCAUUAUGGAUUGUGAUUUUUUUUUUUUUUUUUUUUUUUUUUUUUUUUUGGGUUUCCCACCACCGAAGAAGAGGAGAAGCAGCUUUAGGCGCCACUGUGGAAUCAUACAUGCAAAGUAACACUUGUAAAAGAAAAAAUAUUUAAAAAAAAAAAAGCACACUCUCACAAGAAAGGAGUCACAACUUUCCGAACAGAAAAAUCAACACAACACAAAAAGGUGUUGUAAACCUCAACAGUGUUAUGGCUCCAGACAAACAAACAAACAAACAAACAAAAAAAGGGAACAAAUACUAGCAAAUGCUGCUUUCUUUCUUCACGUUCGAGGGGAAGACAAAUGGACGUUUGUUUUCUAUUCCUCAUUUUGGAAUGGUUGAAAUGUAAUGUUCAGAAGAUGAAACAAACAAAAGAAAGAAACUCUGUGUAUAUUUAUAAUAUUUAUAAACUAAAGAUUAUCACCAUUAUGCAAUAGACUGUGACAUAAAGAUUACCUAUACGUGUGCUGUAAAUAGUUUUGUAGAGCUAGUAUUUACAGAUACUGUGUGGUGCAUUCUCUAUCAUAACAAUGUCUUACUUCUUAACGUCUGUCGGGAGCCUGGCUAUCACCUGCAAGCGACUACAAAUAUGGACUAAGGAGCCUUAAUGCACAAAGCUGAAUGGCACUAGAGUGACAGCGGCACUGAAUGAAAUGUUCUCAAUGUACGUUUUCACACAGAAAACAUCGUCCUGUGAAUUAAGUUUGAUUUCGAGUCGGAUAAUUCUCUUUUGAAUCAGGACAUUUGGUUUGUCUUGCGAAAAACGACAUUUUUACGUUAACGUUAUGCUGGUUUACCCGAUCUUUUAGGCUUUUUUACCCGUCAGUUGGUUUGUUUUCGAGAGCUACAGUAGCAUUGUUUUUAGCAUUAGCAUUCCGAGUCAACAGCCAUCAACGGGUUUGUUUUUAACCGCUAGCAUUGUUUUUAGCAUACUGUCCAUCUUUCUUUUCCUACUUGAGCUUUGUUAGUUUGUCAGCUAGUAUUGUUUUUAGCAUUAGCAUUCUGAGUCAAUAAUCAACAUUUUUCGUCUCUAAGGGGGUUUGUUUUUGACCGCUAGCAUUGUUUUUAGCAUACUGUCCAUCUUUCUUUUCCUACUUGAGCUUUGUUAGUUUGUCAGCUGGUAUUGUUUUUAGCAUUAGCAUUCUGAGUCAAUAAUCAACAUUUUUCUUUUCUUCAAGGUUUGUUUUUGCCUGUUAGCAUUGUUUAUUUGCAUUAACAUUCAGAGUCUACUACCGUCCACAUUUUCUUCUUCAUUGUUUUUGUUUUCGACUGUUAGCAAUAUUUUUAGCGUUAGAGUCUAUACAAUCAUCCAAUUUUUCUCCUUGGUGUGUUUUCGCGACUCUUAGCAUUAUUUUUAGCAUUAGCAUUACAACCUCUACCACCAUUUAGCAUUACUAGUGUACAGCCAUGCAUAUUUUUUUGUUUCUUCAUGGGGGUUUUUCAACUGUUAGCAUUAUUUUUAGCAUUAACAUUACAACCUCUACCACCAUUUACGUUUUCUUCGGGUUAGGGUUCGUUUUCGACUGCUAGCAUUAUUUUUAGCAUUAGCAUUCUGAGUAAAUAGUCGUCCACCUUUUUUGCCUUCUAGCUUUAUUUCUUAGCAUUAGCAUUGCGUGUAUACAGCCGUCCAAAAUGUCUUCUUUCGAAUGGUUUGUUUUUGACUGUUACAUGGCAAAUAGUAUUACAAGUUUACAGCCAUCCACUUUUUCUUCUUCGUCAGUGCUGUUAGCAUUGUUAAAGCAUUAGCAUUCCAAGUCUACAGCGAUUCAUGUUUUCCUUUUGUUCAUGGUUUGUUUUGGACUGACAGUUUUUAGCUUUAGCAUUCCGAGUCUACAACCGUCCACGUUUUCUUUUUCAGAGAUGUUUUUGACUGUUUGUGUUUUUAACAUUACGAGUUUACUGCCAUCCGUGUUUCCUUCUUCAAAGCUUAUUUUCGACUGCUAGCAUUGUUCUUAUUAUUAGCAAUAUGAGUCUACAACAGUCCAUGUUUUCUUCGACAGAGUUUGUUUUCGACUGUUGGCAUUAUUUUUUAUCAUUAGCAUUACGUUUUUGGUUUUUUUUCUUCGGGUUUGUUUCCGACUGUAAAAAAUCUUUAACAUUAGCAUUCUGAGUAUACAGCCAUCCAUGAUUCCUUCUUCGCCAAGGUUUGUUUUUGAUUGUUUGCAUUGUUUUAGCUUUAGUCUACAACCGUCCAGGUUUUCUUUUUCAGAGAUGUUUUUGAUUGAUAACCUUGUUUUUAGCAUUACGAAUCUACAGCUAUCCACGUUUCUUUCUUCAUGAACUGUUUUCGCCUCGUAGCAUUUUUUUUAGCAUUAGCAUCAUGAGUCCACAACAGUCCACGUUUUCUUCCUCAGGGUUUGUUUUUGACUGUUGUCAUUUUCUUAGCAUUAGAUUUCAGAGUCUGCGUUUGAUUCUUCGGGGGUUUGUUUUAGACUGUUAUAAUUUUUUUUUACCAUUCUGAGUAUACAGCCAUCCACAAUUGUUUCUUCAUCAUGGUUUGUUUUAGACUAUUAGCAUUGUUUUUAGUCAACAAUCGUCAAUAUUUUGUUAUUUCGACUUUUAUGAUUUUAUUAACAUUACAAAUCUACAGCUGUUCACGUUCAGUUUUUCUUUAAGGUUUGUUUUCGACGGUUAGUAUUUUUUUUAACAUAAGCAAUCCAAGUCUACAGCCAUCCAUGUUUUUUCUUCGUUGUUUAUUUUCGACUGCUAGCAAUGUUUUUAGCAUUUGCAUUAUGAGUCUACAACAGUUCACGUUUUCUUCUUCGGGAUUUUGUUUUUGACCGUUGUCAUUUUCUUGGCAUUAGCAUUCCGAGUCUGCGUUUGAUUCUUCGGGGGUUAAUUUAUUUUUUUUACCAUUCUGAGUAUACAGCCAUCCACAAUUUUUUUCUUCACCAUGGUUUGUUUUCGACUGUUAGCAUUGUCUUUAGUCAACAAUCGUCAAUGUUUUGUUAUUUUGUCUUAGUUUGUUUUCGACUUUUACGAUUUUAUUAGCAUUAGAAAUCUACAGCUGGCCGGUUCAGUUUUUCUUUAAGGUUUGUUUUCGACGGUUAGUAUUUUCUUUAACAUAAGCACUCCGAGUCUACAGCCAUUCAUGAUUCCUUCUUCGCCAAGGUUUGUUUUCAACCAUUUGCAUUGUUUUAGCUUUAGUCUACAACCGUCCAGGUUUUCUUUUUCAGAGAUGUUUUUGAUUGAUAGCCUUGUUUUUAGCAUUACGAAUCUACAGCUAUCCACGUUUCCUUCUUCCUGAUCUGUUUUCGCCUGGUAGCAUUGUUUUUAGCAUUAGCAUUAUGAGUCUACAACAGUCCACGUUUUCUUCCUCAGGGUUUGUUUUUGACUGUUGUCAUUUUUUAGCAUUAGCAUUCCGAGUCUGCGUUUGAUUCUUUGGGGGUUACAUUUAUUUUUUUUACCAUUCUGAGUAUACAGCCAUUUACAAUUUUUUCUUCAUCAUGGUUUGUUUUCGACUGUUAGCAUUGUUUUUUGUCAACAAUCGUCAAUGUUUUCUUAUUUUGUCUUAGUUUGUUUCGACUUUAGAUUUUAUUAGCAUUACAAAUCUACAGCUGUCCACGUUCAGUUUUUCUUUAAGGUUUGUUUUCAACGGUUAGUGUUCAGCAUUCGCUCGCCUACCAACACCUAUUGGACUUAAGCGGAAAAGCGACGGAACGUAAAGAGUCAAACUUAAUUCAUACGGAAUGAUUGAGCACUGUAAGAUUUACCAAAAAAAAAAAUAUCAAAGACUUCAGCGUGCUGCUUUUUGCAUUAAGGUUUUUAUGUCUGGUGUGAAUCGUCCUUCCCUCUGGGCUUUGAUACCGUAAACUGACCCUGACGGACACUACGGCGAACAAUAGAAGGAUUUUCAAUUAAGAUUCUGUGGAUCAGGCCGUCAACAUGAAGGCUCGGGUCCAGUUGAGCGCGUCUUGAGCCCAGCCGGGAAAGACAGUUUGUCUAACAGAUUGUGUGGAAAGUGUACCGAUACAGUCCGACCACAAUGAAAGCAUGCACUGUCACAGCAAAUACUUUUUUGGGGAAAAAAAACAAGAAAAAAACAAUGUUGAUAUUAAUGUUAGAUUCUGUCUGUCGUCUGUGCGUGAACAUCAACCUUUCACAUGGACAUUCUUAAGUAUUUGUGCCUAAACUAUAGCCAUGUUCCACCCUUCCGGUCACCCCAUCCUGUUUUAUGUCUGUGUGGGGGGGGGAUCUUUGUUGUUGUUGUUGUUGUUGUUUUUUUUUAAGACGGCAUGUUUGCGACGGUGGCCAAAUGUCUCACCUGUUUAUUUUCUCCCCAACGAGCUCAUAUUCUGUACAGUGGAUUUGUGUUGUUGUCUAUUUCGAGGAAGGGGAUUAAGUGCAUUCUUAAAAAGCAGUUGAUAUCACGCUGGAUGAGAGGUGGUGCAGUCGGGAAGGGAUUGGUAUGGCCGUGUUCCUGGGUGAAUCUCGCGUGAGAAGAAGAGGGGUUAGAGUGUUCGCCCUGAGAUCGGUAGGUCGUGAGUUCAAACCCCGGCCACUAGUCAUACCAAAGACUAUAAAAAUGGGACCCAUUACCUCCCUGCUUGGCACUCGGCAUCAAGGGUUGGAAUUGGGGGGUUAAAUCAUCCAAAUAAUUCCCGAGCGCGGCCACCGCUGCUGCUCACUGCUCCCCUCACCUCCCAGGGGGUGGCAGAAGGGGAUGGGUCAAAUGCAGAGGGUAAUUUCACCACACCUAGUGUGUGUGUGACUAUCAGUUGUACUUUAACUUUGAACUUUAAUCAUGUUGUAAUGCAGUCUGCUGAAAAUGAUGGAAAGCGCCAACAAUUUUAACCUCUUAAGGCCCAAGCUGUUUGUUUACAUGCUUUUUUUAUUUGGGCUUAUUGGACCUAAUUAGAAUAAAAAAUUUAAAAUCAUCUCUUGAUAUGAUGUACUUAGUCCAUAAGUACACAAACGUGUACUUCAUGUGUAGUGACGUGCUAAUUUUUAUUUUUACACUUUUUUCCCCCAAAUUCCAUUGUAUGUUAUACUCUUCUGACACCACCAGAGGGCAGUAUAAGUGUCCAUAUGUCGGCAUAAGACCCCAAUUCAGUAGUGUACACAAUUUUGGAAAUAAGAGCUAAAAGGUGCUGUCCACGCAUGUGGCCACUAAGGCCUUUAGUGGUUAAGACUCUAAUUUGUCAUGUUUCAUGUGUCAGGUAAACUGCAACGAAGGCGGCCAUAUGAAUCCCCUCCCUGCUGCACAAAUCCGGGGCCACCCUUUCUACUUGGUAGCUUGACACUCAUGUUUGGGUCCAUGUGUUACAAGAACUGGCCAAAGCAAAGUCCUUUUUUUGUUUUGUUUCGUUUUUUUGAGUGUGUGUUUUUUCAAUUGCACUUUCCGAGUAGGACGUUUUAAGCGGAUGAGUUCUAGCAACAAGGAGCGCUUAAUGGUGAAUCUGCCAUAGUGAGUAGGAACUAUAGUGCACACUGAGGGCAGCUCUGUGCUGGUUUUUCUUUCUUUCUUCUUUUUGAUACUUGCCUUUGGAGGGAGUGCUUCCCAACUACGUGCUUUUUUUUUUGUUUUGUUUUGUUUCUUUUCCUCUCGAUCGAUCACAGCUAACAAACCAGACGGGCAUUAAUUAAUGAGUAGUGAGCUUACACAUUAGCAGCACCCUCGACAAACCAGCACAUAUAUUUUAUGUAUGAUAUCCGUUUCUUUAGUCGUCCAUGUUGGUUGAUGCAAAAAGAAUCCGAUGCCCGCAAAAGGACGAGAGCCACAUUUUAUUUUUUUUUGCUUUCAUAUGUUUACUGAUGAUGAUGAUGAUGACGAUGAAAGGGAGAGGCGCGUUUUUGUUGAUCAUCAAUACGCUCAUUCUCGCUUGGAAGUAAAAAAAAAAAAAAGAAAGAUUCAUGUAAAACUUUCUUACAACAAUAUGCAGACAAACAGUGUUUGUCAAAAACAUUUCUUUAUUUUUGGCUUUUAUUUCUGUUUGUAAAUAAUAAACCUUUAAGAUAUAGAAAAUAAACGAC